AUGGAAUCCCUUCUAUUGUAUCUCUGGGCUCUAUUCAACUGCCUCUUUGGCCUGCCUCAAGUUCAUCAGAAGCCCCAGACCAGCCCACCGCUCCUACAAGGUCAUAUACCACCACCACCUGCGCCAGAACCCAUCACUGUCAUUGAACUCCCGCUGCCACCCGUGGCACCCAACAAUUCCGAAGGAUCAUGCUCAUCAAAAGUGAACCCAGCUCGUACGGGCUGCAUAGGGAGGACAACGAAACUUCAAUCGGGCAACUUUCUCCCCGACAACCUUCACGUCCUGUCCAUGGUCCAUUUUGUCGGCGCCCCAGCGGCACCUGAUCCAGCAAGCAUCUUCCAAGGCGAGCAGCUGAUCAUCAUCAAGAUUGACGGCACAUUCUUCGCGAACGGCGACUCAUGGAGAUGCAUCACAUGCGGUGUACCCGACCACAACUCGGUGGGCGCAACAUCCAAGCUCGACUACCCCCAGGCCUUUCGCGAUGGACGACGAAUCCUGGCAGGCGCCAACAUCAUCCAGGCAGCUCACGGGUUCACGGGUGACGACCUGACGCCAGAUCAGGUUCAAAUCAUACCCAUUCGAUGGAACACGAGCGUUGACGGUUCUGGGCUUGGCGGUUCCAUGCGCGAGCUGCGCCUGCACCCCGACGAUGUCCACCUUGGCUGGAGCGCCUUCUCCUUCGAUACAGGUUCUCUAGGUCAGUACUGCUACUACGGCCGCCUCGCCUUCAACCCCAGCCCCAGCUCUGGCCUCCCCCUUGCCCCGCGCUACGACCUGACGAGCGUCAACCUGCUCUACGACCCGGCAGCCUCGCAGCCCCUCGCCGUCCACCCAACAGACCCCUCGCGCCUGCUCCUCAACGCGUCCGCCAUAUCCGUCGGCGAGCUCCGCGGCUUCAGCGCCUCGGGAAAGGAGGUCACCUACGUCGGCAGUCCCUCCGAGUCGUCAAACAUUGACGUCUUCGCAGCCGACCUCGUCACCGGCGCCGUCCGCCGCCUGACGAGCCACCCGGAGUACGUCGAUCCCGUCGACCUUUCGCCUGAGGGCGGGCCCGACGGCGGAGCGUGGACCGUCGUCAUGGACACGCGCGGCACGGGCAGGCAAAUGUUCCUCGCGGGCCUCCGUCGCGUUCCGCCGCUGACGGACCUCGUGACAGUCGCCGCCGUGGCGUCGGUGCGCAACAAUGGCUGUCGCCGCUUCUUCCAGCCGUGGCUCAUCGAUCGCCAUGGCGACCGCGGGACGUACAUGGGGCAGAAGAUCAACGCUGCCGGCGACGGGAUUCCCGGCGGCGGCGCCAUCAAUGACCCGGAGUGGAACGGCAUGGCUGAUCCGAAGUGGUCUGGCGAUGGGACCAGGAUUGCCUACUGGCAGGCCUUGACGAGGCCACCGGCUUGCGGAGGGGAUAAUCCGCUGCCGUGCUAUGCGUCUACGGCUCGGGGGGGCCGAACUUCGCGGCUGAUGGUGGCGCAUCUGACGAGUCGGAGGGCCGUGGCGAGAGCGGCGAUCGAAGUCGCGGCUGAUGUGGUGCCGUGGGGCACCAUGUAUGUGCCGGGGGCGGCUGCGCCGAAGAGGCUUUUGCCGGGGCCUGGGGCCUACACUCUUCUUGGGCGGGCGGCGGGAUGGGCGAACGUGACGCUUGCAGGGAAGCAGAUUGGCGGCCCGAUUGAUGGCGUCAAGGCGGAAUAUCACGACUUCUCGGACGACGGGGAAAACGUGCUCAGGGGACUGGAGAGGGUAGCCGCUUGGUAUUCAUCACCUACGACGGUCAACAUUGACUGGGAAUCGGACAUGGAACAGGCAGGACCGGAUGCGGGCACGAAGAAGACGAGUCCAGGAGGAUUUCAUGUGAGAAUUGAUAUCUUGGACAACAAGUUUGAGGCGAAUGGAACGUUGACAACCGUGGUUGGAGGGAAGACAUACCUGCAGCCAGCCAACGGUACGUAG